CCUAAUUUUGCUUUCAUUCCCUUGGCCAUGUCAUGUCUGCUUUCUUUUGAGAGUGAGAAAAUGCGGGAGUUUUAAAGCUAGCGUCAAAAUUUCGACGUUGAUAAAUAUAUUUUUAAAAUUAUUCGUCUUCUUCCGACGAGUUGUUUACCGUUUCCUCAGUUUAAGGUUUUUACUUUGCCAGUCAAGGCCUGGUGUUAUGCAGCUAAUUCUCUAAGGUGCUGAGUACGUGAUUUUGGAACAAACUUCUAGCUUUUUUGUUUGAGUUGUUAAGGAGUUUUGGUGUUUAGCCAUGGGAAAUAGUGAUGAGGCGAAGUCAUCCAAACCUGAGAAAUCUUCUUCACCAGCACCAGACCAGGCAAAUGUUCAUGUAUAUCCUGAUUGGGCUGCAAUGCAGGCAUACUAUGGUCCUCGAGUUGCUGUACCACCAUAUUUUAAUUCAGCUGUUGCAUCUGGUCACCCCCCUCAUCCUUACAUGUGGGGUCCAGCACAGCCUAUGAUGUCACCUUAUGGGACACCAUAUGCCGCAAUCUACCCUCAUGGAGGAGUUUAUGCUCAUCCUGGAGUUCCUUUAGGUUCACAUGCUAAUGGUCUUGGGGUUCUGCCAUCUCCUACUGUGACUGAAGCAACGGCUGCUGUUCCUUUGAGCUUGGAUGCACAUGUCAAGUCAUCAGCAAAUACAGACAAAGGUUUUACGAAUAAGUUGAAAGGGUUUGAUGGGCUUGCAAUGUCAAUAGGUAAUGGCAGCAGUGACCGGGCUGGAGCAGGAUCAGACCAUGGGAUUUCACAAAGUGAGGAUACUGAAGGGUCAAGUGAUGGUAGUAAUGGGAACACAACAAAGGUGGGUCAAAAUAAUAAGAAAAGAAGCCGCGAAGGAACUCCUAGCGACGCAGCUGGGGAAGGUAAGAAUCUGACCCCAAAGAGUCCGAUUCGUACAGGAGAAGUGAAUGGGACUUCUGCCAAAGUGAUGGGCAUGACCGUUGCUACAGCUAAUGAAGCUGAAAAGGUCACGGGAAGUGUACUUUCUCCGAAUAUGACUUCGACUCUUGAACUUAGAAACCCUUCUGGUGGAAAUAUGAAGACAAGUCCUGUUAGUGAAGCCUGGCUGCAGAAUGAGCGAGAGCUGAAGAGGGAAAGGAGGAAACAGUCAAAUCGAGAAUCUGCUAGGAGAUCAAGAUUGAGGAAACAGGCUGAGACUGAAGAACUAGCUAAAAAAGUUCAAUCACUGACUGCCGAGAACCUAAGUUUGAAGUCUGAAAUGCACAAAUUAACUGAAAGCUCUGAACGGCUGAAGCUUGAAAAUGCUACUAUGAUGGAGAAACUGAAAAACACACAACUGGGGCAGACUGGAAAUUUGAGUUUAAGCAAGUUUGAUGAAAUGCGAGUACAGCCAGUUGGCACGGCAAAUCUACUCGCCAGGGUAAACAACUCUGGUUCUGUUGACAGAAAUGACGAGGAGGGUGAGGUGUUCGAGAAUACAAAAUCCGGGGCAAAGCUUCGCCAGCUGCUUGAUGCAAACCCCCGCACAGAUGCCGUGGCAGCUGGCUGAGUAGACUGUGUUCGUGGCUGUUGCCUGGAUUUUAUAACAAAGUAGAUGGUGUGAUUUUGGCAUAAUUACAAGUCCAAGAUUACGACUGACAUUAGAAAGAAGAAAAAUAGUUGCACAGGAUAUUAAGAAAUAUUCUAGUCUAAAUUUUUAAUCGAGCUAUUGACAGCAUUGAGAUGUAUUUUUGAGUUCAGAAUGCUGGGAUGGCCGCCGUGACUGGUACUGGUAGUUGAUUGUAAAUUGAAGAAUCUCAGAAAAAGCUUGGUUGGGCAUGUAAUAUUAGAUUUAGCUUUAACUUAA